GGCACCGUUGUUGCGAAACUACACCACGCAGUGUGUUGUGAUAGUUCAAGAAAAAGUAGUUGUUUUUGUUUUUAUAUUUGCAACAUUAAGACGUUGUUAUUUGGGUUGUAUUGCGUUCAAGUAAUGCAACAAUGUGCCAUAGCUUUGAUGGGCGCGCCUGCUGCUGUUGUUGUUGCUGUAACCAAAGUGAACUCCUCAACGCCGUCGACGAGGCUGUCGCCGACGUUGUCACAAAUACCACCAAUUAACAGCUAACUAAACAUUACGCUGUUCCUCCCCACACACCCCCACAAAUCAUACGUCACAAACGUAUAAUGGGCAAACAAAAUGAUGAUGAUAUCAAUAAUGAGAAGUGCAACACGAUUAGUCGCCGCCGCAUAAUCCUCUGCACCAUGCUCACGUCCAUUGUGACCGCCGCUCUAGCAAUACCCAAGGCGGCAGCACAAUCUGAUUUGCAAGCUGCAUCGAUAACACCGCCCGCAAUACCGCACUGUGUAGAACAACAGGAGCGACGCAUCGGAAGAAGAUUACUCUACAUAACGACACUCGAUGGCCGUCUCAGCGCCUUGGACAUUUCCAAGUCGGGCAAGAUGCGUUGGAGCAUUGAAACUGGACCCGGACCACUCAUAUCAUCGAGUAUCCAUCGCCUGGAGCUGACCAACAAUGGACAAUUUGUGCGGAUGAUUCCAUCGUUGAAUGGCGGCAUUUACAAAUUUGAUGGUGAUUCCAUAAAUCCGAUACCGAUAACCGCGGACCACUUGCUCAGCUCCAGUGCGAAAUUCAGUGAUGAUCUUGUCAUCUCUGGCGGCAAGGAGACACGCACCUAUGGCGUCUCAGUGCGCACCGGCCAACUGCUCUACGAGUGCUCCAUCAAUGGCUGUGUGAAUUCCACAAACGGAGGUACCUCCAUUAAUGACACUAUCGAGGAGUCACCAGCAAGUCCAGGGGACAACAAUCAUCAUGAACAGCAGCGGGAGCAAAACGAUGAACAGCUGCGUGAUGAGAAUGGUUACAUUAUUCCACACAAUUCCCAACUGGACGAUGUCAUUGUUAUCCGUCGCCAGACGCAGACAGUGCGUGCCGUGGAAUCGCGCACGGGCAUUGAGCGCUGGAACUUUAGCGUUGGCCAGCACGAAUUGGAUCUGAUGCCCCCCGAAGAUUGUCACGAGCAGCCGCGCAACGAUCUGGAACUGGCCGUACUCGAUGUCGAUAUCCGAGUUGUUGUCCCCGACGGCAUCAUCUGUGCAUUCAGCAAGAGUGAUCCACAACUAUUGCUGUGGAAGCAUCAGUUUAACAAUCCCAUUGUCAGCGCCUGGCACACAAAUGCAGCCGAUGAAUUGGAGUCCAUUGAUCUAUUCAGUUCAUCACAUUUGCAUAACGAGCAGCAGCAGCAGGGGGCGGAAGAGGCGAAGUCACCUAGUCGAUCGCCCUCGAUGUAUCUGGGCAUGUACGACAAACAGUUGUACAUACAGGAGUCGAUACGAUUGCGUGAGGAGAUCAUUUAUCAGGCAAAGCACGAUCAGCAUUUGACGGGCGAUACAAGCCUCAUCAUGCCUAAAAUACCAUUUCGACCCAUUGCGGCUAGCAGCAAUUCAAUGGUGCUCUUUCGCAGUGAGCGGGAUGCGGUUGUCAUUGAAGACGGAAAUAAUGGGAACAAUGGGAACAGCAACGAAUUGAUGCCAUAUGAUGAUCAGAAUUAUGCAGUUGCCGCACAAUCUGUGCUGAACGCUUCCGAGUUUGUCAAUGGCAAUGGUUUCUAUAUCUAUGUGGAUGACUUGCCAAGUGGACCACUGGAAUGUGGCACUGGGGAGUCGCCACAACCCAGUGGACUGCCAGCCAUAGAGUCGGCACCUGGUGGCAGCAAUGAGACGACUGCUGCUGGUGGCAAUCAUAGCCUGAACGAUGAUCUCGGCUUCAGUUUGGAUGAUAUCGAUGCACCCGUCAAGGUGGUCAUAUUAUCGUUGUGGUUCUGGUGGAAGGAGAUUGUGGUGAUUGCGUUUACAUCAGCGGUGCUCCUCAACAUGUUCAUGGGUCAUCGCAAUCAUCGUGUGGAACGCGAAUAUGUUGUCAUUGAGCGGCAUGUGCCCGUUCAAACGGCCAUCGAGGCAACGGAGUCAUCCACACAGGCCCUGUUGGGGCCAGUGUUGCCGUUGACUGUUUCGCGCCCCAAUCGCCUCAAUUUUACGGACGGCACACAGCGCUCGAUUUCGGAAUCGACAACGCAUUCGGGCGAACUCUACACUUCCCGUUUCCAAACUGAUUUCGAUCUAAUGCAGUGCUUGGGGCGUGGUGGCUUUGGUGUCGUCUUCGAGGCCAAAAAUAAACUGGAUGAAAAUCGCUAUGCGAUCAAGCGCAUCACAUUGCCCAACAAGGAGUCAUCACGGCAGCGUGUCCUGCGCGAAGCCCGAACUCUUGCCAGCUGUGAGCAUCACAACAUUGUGCGCUACUUUCACUCCUGGACAGAAACACCGCCAACGGGCUGGCAGGAAGAGGAGGAUCGCAAGCUGUUGGCCCAUGAGCUUUCCACUUCCAUACAGAUCGAGACGCCGGAUGGGAGUACGCUGCCGUCGCUGCUCGAUCACACGCAGAAUAAGCGUCAUCAGCUGAUCUCGUGGGUGUCGGACACGGCGAACAGCACUGCGCGCAGUCGUGAACAUGGACAUGGUGAUAGAUCGCUGAAUCACAUUCGGGAAUACAUCGAUGAUGAAGAUGAUGAUUCCCUAAUCGAGUUUCGCAGUGAAUCACAGUCGGCUGCGUUGCGUGCCGAACUGGAUGACACGCAGGACGAUGACGAGGAGGAUGAAGAGGAGGAGGAGUCGAAAGAGCAUCAGCACCAUCUGCAGAAACCACCACCACCAAAACUUAUGCAACAAGGUUCCGUCUCGAUUGAUAUUCACUCGGCAUCCUUUGAUUUGAAGAACAUUAACUAUUCGCAACAUCAGCUAUCGAAUUCAUUUCAAAUCGAAUCGAUUCGCUCCAAGGAUAACAGCAGCGACACAGAUGACGAGUCACAAGCCUCACCCAGACGCAAACCGACCACAUUGGCGCUGCUCAGCAAUCACAAUCAGCAGCAACAGUCGCAGCAACAGCAGCUGCUGCCACAUGCAUCAAAUGGCAGUCCGUUAACAAUGGCAAAUGGUUGCCCUACGAAGCCCAAUAAGGUCUAUUUGUACAUUCAAAUGCAGCUGUGCCGCAAGGAAAGUCUGCGCGACUGGUUGCGUGACAAUCGGACGGAGGCGCGGGCCACACACAUUGCACACAUCUUUCAUCAGAUUGUCGAUGCGGUUGACUAUGUGCAUCUUAAGGGUCUGAUCCAUCGUGAUCUGAAGCCGAGCAACAUAUUCUUCUCGCAGGAUGGCCAAAUUAAAAUUGGUGACUUUGGUCUCGUUACCGAUAUGGCGGAUAUACCGAAUGGUGGUAACGAUUGUGGGGGGGAUUCAUCCGGAUUAGCGUCGUCCGCCCGUCAUACGCAACAGGUGGGCACUCAUCUGUACAUGUCGCCAGAGCAGCUGCGUGGCCAGCACUAUGACUAUAAGGUGGAUAUCUAUUCGCUGGGCCUGAUCUUUUUCGAGCUGCACGUUUACUUCUCUACCGAAAUGGAGCGCGUUAAGACGCUGCGUGCGCUGAGGGAUGGUCAGUAUCCGGAGGAUUUUGUCAGCCAUAAGCCGGAGCAAUAUGAGUUGCUGCAGCGUAUGCUCUCCUCGAAGCCAGCGCAGCGUCCGCAAACCAAGCAGUUGAAGCAACAGCUACACGAAAUUCUUCGAUUGCCUGACCAUGUCGCAGAUGGACGCAAUGAUCAGGCGGCGAUGGAGGCCGCCACGCGACGUCUCAGUCGAAGUCGGACCUUUAGCAGCAGCAGCGAACAGGAAUUUAAGCGGUAAAGUCUACCGGUGGGGUUGUCUGGUUGAAUAUGUCAACAAUUAGCUGCUAACAAUUACAUAAGUCAUUCAUCCCGUUAACACUUAACGCAUAUAAGUUAUUGAUCCGUUUUUUUUAAAUUGAAAUGAUAGCAAUUAUUACUUAUGGCACUCUGGCUAUGCUUUAUCUGCUCUGCCCCUGAAAUGCCGUCUCAGCAUUCAGAUAAGUUUUAGUUUUUAUUGUAUGUAUGUUUAUUUUUAAGUUCGAGAUUAGAUUAAAUUUUCGAGCUAUGUAGAAAGAAAGUUAAUUUUGUUUAAGAGCCUUAAUUAUAGAGAUUAUGAUUACGUGUGUAAUGACAAAUUGCAUAGAUUACAUAUAUAUUGUUUACCAAGUCGUUAUCUUAUAUUAUCUAUAAUUUAUAUAUGCACUUUUACCCAAAGUAAUUGUGGUUAUUAAUGAUUUUGUUUUUAAUAAUGAUUCAAUCUGUAUCUGAUAAAAUCUUUGUUUUUAGCCUAAGUGAAAAUUAAAAAAAAAAAUAAAUAAAAAUUGCAAAAUAUCAAAUUUCAAA